CGGGACCAACUGGCAACGACACAGAUUUAACCCCCCUCCACGGCUCAGAGGAAACCAAGGCUGGAGUCGUUAGCAAUGAAGUGGUUACGGUUUUCCUUCCUCGCCCUGGGGAUCUUCUCGCUGUGCUACGCCACAUCUGGUGACAACGGCGGCGUGAAGAAGAUGAAGAUGCAGUUUGUCACGGGACCUCUUCUCAAAUUCCAAAUCUGACACGUUGCCUCCUUUCUAUCAAUGUUCAAGCUGCUGGUGAUCGGGCUGAUUAUUGUUGGCAAGGACCCUUUUGCUUUUGUUGGCAUGCAAGCCCCAGGUAUCUGGGAGUGGAGCCAAGGAAAUAAGAUAUAUGCCUGCAUGAUGGUGUUCUUCUUCAGCAAUAUGAUCGAAAACCAGUUGAUGUCGACGGGAGCUUUUGAAAUCACAUUAAAUGAUGUACCAGUUUGGUCCAAACUGGAGUCGGGUCACCUGCCUUCCAUGCAGCAGCUUGUGCAAAUUCUGGACAAUGAGAUGAAGAUGAACGUCCACAUGAACACAAAGCCACACCACCACUCUUAACCCUACUUUUCGAUUCCCGGCUAGAGCUGAAAGCCCCUCCAUGUUUGAGGUGGGUCUCUCACUGGGCUGUGAGGUGAUGUUUAUGAAUGUCUGUGCUGAAGGCAGGAAAACUGCUAGCACAGACUGGAUGUCUCAAUCACUCCUCACCACGCUCAGAAGAGAAGUCCUGCCCCCGACGCCAGAGCGGGAUCCAUGGCAACACUGAUGGCCAACUAUUUUCUUUCUGUUUAUAUUACUGCCGAUUUCAUCCAAGCAAUUAGUGGUCCACUAAAGAGAGCUUAAACAUGGGUUAUUUUAGUCAUUAACAGCAUAUAACUGAUCUAUGUGAAUAUAAGAAUUGUCUCAUUUGUACUGCUGAGCCAUAUGUAGAAUUCUAAGUUCAUUGUUCGAAAACGUAGUUAAUUAUGUAGAAAAAUACAACACUUACAAUUUGUCACUGUUGUGAAAAAGAUAUUUGGAAAAUGUGUCUUGGGAUGAUUUCUGAAUAAUUUUUAUAUUUACUUGCCUUGGAGUAAGGUGAUUAAUAAAACUUAUAGUAACUAUUUAACUGCGAAGCUGUGGUGUUGAAGUCUCCUGAUUAAUGUCAGUGGAAAUGAGUCAACUGUCA